GAAGUCCAGACGCUUUUUCUUUGCAAACUCCUUUGACUAGAGAGCAAAUAGCAGCACGAUGCUGCUAAGCAAAUACACUUGAUAACUGAUCAUCAGCGAGCAUGAACGCCUCCAUGAAAGCAAAAGUUUUGCCAGUUUGCUGGUCUGGAGCAUUCAGCUGUGUGUUAACACACUGCCAUAAUCUUCCCAGGAGUAGAUGUAAAUUCAGCCGUAGCUCAGACCGUGCAAUGCUCAGAGAAACUGCAAAAAACUGAAGAGCUGCUUCUCAAACUCCACAGGUUAGGGUAGGGUAACCUGGCAGCAUCGCUUAGGUUGGCAAAGUUGCAUCUGAACAAACACAGAUACAGUUACAGACGACCAAAGUGAUGUUUGGCUAUAAUGCAAAACACCACAGUUGAUGAAAACCAAGCACAGCGUAUGAGCACAAACACCUGCACGUUGACAGUUGAUAUGAGGUGUAAUAUCCUCUUAAGUUUAUUGUAUUAAGAGGAUAUUGCCUAAUAGAUGGGGGGUGAUUUGGGCUUGUUUUGCAGUCACUGAUUCGACCAUGAAGUCAUCUGUAUACUGUGAAGCCAUCCCUUUGACCUCCUGUGUCUUAGCCAACCUGCAGAGCUUUCUGACAAAAAUCACACUUUUUGAAAACUUCGGCUUAACGCUUUGGUAAAAGAGUGCUGAUGCUGACAGGAUGGGAGCUAAACAACUGAAACAGGUCAAACCAGUGUGACUUUUUUCCCUUCUCUUCUGUAACAACAUUGUGAAAUAAAAGAAAAGAAGACUCAUCUAAGGAGUUAGAACAGGAAGUGAAAAAUUUCUUUAAUUACACCACAGUUUACAAAAUAUCCACUUACCAAAACUGGGAAUGCAGCAUCAAUCUGGCAUUCUUAACCUUUGAAGAAGCUUCCUGGCUGUGUGACUGUACUGCAGCGUCCGAGCGAUACGGUGAGAUGGAAUCAGUUAAAAACAUUGAUGUCUAUGAAUACCUGUGGGUCAAGAAUCAGGACAUUGCCGAGCACACGCUGCAUACACCGUUUCUACAGCACAUGCAGCUUGGAGACCUGCAGGCAGACAACUAUGUCAAAUUCAUAAUCCAAGACAUCAACUAUCUGGUGGUGGUCACAGACAUGUUGGAUAAGAUGAGAAACAAAGUCAAGGUCCCAGAGGACCUCCACAGUUUCAUGGAGGAUAGGUAUGAAAGCUACAAGACGUAUGCUGAAAGCACGUUAAAGGAAUUUAACCUCAAUAGUGUGUCAAACAUUAACUCAACCCCUGUCAUGAAAAAGUACUUGUCUGAUUACAAAGACAUCAUGGAGAAUCAGGACCCCAUUUACUUCGCCGUGGCUCUGCUUCCCUGCUCCAGGCUGUGGCUGUGGCUAGCCAAUCAGCUCAACGAGAACUGCUGCAACGCAUACUUCACCUGGAAGAUGUCCAACAUGUACGGCCACCCAGAACAGCACUAUAAAGCGCUGCUCGACAAGUAUCUGACCACACCAAAACAGAAGGAACUGGCGAACAAACUCUUCCGCCAGCAAAUGAAGAACGAGCAUGACUUUUUUGCAUCUUCACUUGAAUGAAACAGGAGCAGUUAAUAAUAAAACCUUCUUGCUUUCAACUGGUUAAAGUUAAUGUGCCUCUACUGCCCUCUGCUUUUCAUAUCUAACAUAGUGCAUGUGAAGAACAUACUCUUCUUCACCAGUUCUGGGUUGCGAUAAAAACUGAGCUUUGUUCAGUCAGUGCCUUUAGAUUUUUAUUGCCUUUUCUCACUCAAAGCAAAAUGUCUAUCUAUAAAAUGUCCUUUAUGGCCGUUACAGCGGGCUGUACACUGUUAACAUCUUCAUAUUGUUAACAUUUUGUCUCUGAAUUACUGUAAUACUCUCUGUUUAAGUUCACAAUUAAUGAAUAAAA